AUCACUCAACCUCUCUCAAAUGGUAUGGCUUCGAGACAAUCACAGCCGUCGAGUCGGCAAUUCCUUGAUCUUCCUCUGAAGCUCUGCCAUCCGCCAUAAUGCCUAAACCGAUCAAACUUGCCGUAGCGCAAUCGCAUACCCUCGAUACCACUUCAGCAACUCUUGCUGCGCUCGAAUCCACUGCCACCCUUGCAGCACGACGCGGAGCACAUCUCGUCCUCUUCCCGGAGGCUUACAUCGGCGGCUACCCACGGGGCUGCAACUUCGGCGCCGCGAUAGGCGCACGAGACCCGAAUGGCCGCGAACAAUUCUUGCACUACUACCGGGCGGCCGUCGAUCUCGGCGACACUCCACAAGGUGCGGGGGGCAACUGGAUAGAUCGAAAGCUGCCGUUGGCCAAAGGAGAGAGUCACCGCGGCGAUGGCACCCGGGAAGAUCUGGAAAGGAUCGCGAAGGAGUCGGGUGUCUUCGUCGUGACUGGCCUGAUUGAAAGAGCUGGUGGAAGUCUCUAUUGUGCCGUUGUCUACGUGGACCCCGAGCAUGGUGUUCUCGGGAAGCGCCGUAAGGUCAUGCCAACGGGCACUGAGCGGCUGGUAUGGGCUCAGGGUAGCGCAAGCACACUCAGAGCCGUGACAGCAACUCUGAACGGCGUCAAGGUCACCUUGGCUGCAGCCAUUUGCUGGGAGAAUUAUAUGCCGCUGCUCCGACACAGUCUGUAUUCGCAGAAUGUCAAUAUCUACCUUUCACCGACAGCAGACGGUCGAGAUACUUGGCUGCCGUUGAUGCGAACCGUGGCGUUUGAAGGCCGGACCUUCGUGUUGAGCGCCAACCAAUGCAUGAGGCGCAAACAUUUGCCCAACUGGAUCGGCGGAUCUACUCCUACGCCAGCCAAACCUCAAGCACUAUCUCCCACUCAGCCGAUAAGAGGCCAAAGGAGAAGAUCAACGGUCACAAAGACUCCCGAUGGUUUCGAGAUCUGCUGGCCAUUGGACGACAAAGAGAAAAGCGGAAACAAAGAAGCGGAAACCGCCGAUCCGGUGAGCAAUGGAAAUCAUGAGACUGACAACGCCCCGGUAUCCCCAUCUACCACCAGCGAUCACCCAGGCGGUAAACGACGAAAGUCAAUUGUUAUCGAGACUCCGGAUCACAACGAGAUAUGUUGGCCUGCGCCAGAACCUCAUGCUCGCGCAACAUCCCCUGCAAGCAGCCACCGGGCUAUUACCUUCACUAACUCGUUCGACAAUGCUAUACAUGAUGAGGACGAGGAGAUCAUGUCCCGAGGUGGAUCAUGCAUCAUCUCCCCGCUCGGCGAGGUCCUCGCUGGUCCGCUUUGGGAUGUCGAUUCCGGAGAGAAUAGUCUUCUUAUCGUCGAGAUUGACUUGGAGGACUGUGACCGCGGCAGACUUGAUCUUGAUGUCGCAGGGCACUAUUCGCGGAGUGACGCGUUCAAACUGACGGUAGAGGGUCUCGACUUGAAUCCUCCUCCCUGAUGAUCUCAGACUAGCGGAGGGACAACACGGAUGAAACAAUUGGGUCACACCACGAUGAACAAAUUGCGAUGGUUAUGGGGCUUGUAGUAUUUUUUAGCUCAGUGUAUGAAAUCGAUUGAAAGGUUUGACUGCUACUGUAGCGAUCCGUUAAGUCAAUGGCCGAGUCUGGUUAUGCUAACAAGGCUGAAGGAAAUCGAAAUUGUCUUUUUGUCAUUCUGUUGACAACAUUACGCGAGGUAUCUCCUUUGUAGCCAGCCCUCCUUUGUGGCAUAACAAUCCAAUUGUUUUUCCACAAUGCAACCAUCAUUCUUUGUCCGUCAGAACAUAGUUGUGAGAUAAAUAUUCCUCGCUCCACGCCAUCAACCCCAGGUUUUUCUCAUCAGCACACUCCCCUGUUCUC